AUGCAAACAGAUACGCGGCCGUCUGCACCGUGGCCGUCUCUACCAAAAGUCCACAAACGCAACAGAAGCACGAGUCUAUCUGACCAGCAAACGGCGAAAAAGGCACAUGUCAACCAUGCUAGGCUUCAUCUACCGCAACCUAUAGAACCUGUUUAUGAGAGCCAGAAUGGCUCCGUUUCUCAAAGUGAAGAAAAGUCGUCAGCUGUUGAAAUCAACAACUCAGCUGCGGGUGACCCACAACGGUUUGCAGUCGCCGACCUGAACUUCUCCUGGGCCGAAGAGGAAGAAAAGGUUGUACUGGCACCAUAUGACUACGUGGCGUCCAACUCUGGCAAAGAGUUCAGAACACUCAUCCUCAACGCCUUCAACGCCUGGUUCAGGGUCCCCCCUGAAAGCCUGACCAUCAUCUGCGAUGUGGUGCGCAUGCUGCAUACCUCUUCACUGCUCAUCGACGAUAUUCAGGACAACUCAUUAUUGCGACGAGGCCGGCCCGUCGCCCACAGCAUUUACGGUGUAGCACAAACCAUCAACACGGGAAACUACGUGUACUUCUUAGCCGCCAAAGAAUUGAACAAGCUCCGCAAUGCGGCGUCGGCCCUCGAAGUGUUCACAGCUGAAAUGCUGAACCUUCAUCGCGGACAGGGUCAGGAGCUGUACUGGCGUGACACGCUCAAAUGCCCGACCGAAGACGAGUACCUCAAGAUGGUGUCUAACAAGACGGGAGGUCUUUUCCGGAUGGCUGUAAAGCUGAUGCAGGCCGAGUCUCCAGCCGGGCCAAUGGCCCCUGUCUGUGACAAGCUGGUGCAAUUGUUAGGGCUAGUCUAUCAGAUCGCUGAUGAUUACAAGAACUUGACGGCUGUCGAAUACACGACCAGUAAGGGCUUCUGCGAGGACUUGACGGAGGGCAAGUUUUCGUUUCCCGUCGUCCACAGCAUCCAGUCUCGUCCCGAGGACCGCCGGUUAUAUCAAAUCUUGGCGCAGAAGACUACAGAAGUUGAAGUGAAAAAGUACGCUGUUAGCUACAUCGAGAGCACAGGGAGUCUAGAAUACACCAAACAGGUGGUGCGCGUGUUGGUACAAAGGGCCAGGGACGAGUUAAGUAGAAUUGACCAGGGCCGUGAGAGAAACCAGGAGAUGCAUGCGUUGCUGGGUAAGAUGGCCUUGGAGUGA